AACCGAGGUCUUUACGCGUGGGAAUCCAUGAACCUUAAAAUUAGCUGAAAAUCUAGAUACCCAUUUCGGAUGCUUCUCAACCAAUCAAAAGUAUUCUGCCAAUUCAUCCCACAUCAGAAUCACUAUGAAUCUCUGCGGUUAUUUAGUUAACCCGGAACAUUGUUCUUUUGUUUACUCAACAUCAAUUGACCAAAGAUGUCAUCAGCAGCCACGAAUGCAUUGCACCGGCCCAAUUACACAGCUUUUUCUACACGCUUUUCUAAUCUGAAGUCUUUGAAGCCUUGUUUAUUUCUUCCAUUCUCUACGAACAAAUCCCUUUUAUGCGCUGGGUUUGUUUCUAGAACUAUGACCGAUAUGGGCAAAACGUCUGCUUUUAGGAACAGUAGUAGUGGUAGUGAUGUUGAGGAUGAUGUUAGAGUGCUUGAACAAGAAGCUUUCAUUGAUGGGUCGUCUUCGGUUACCGCUGCUCGGCUGGAGUCAACGCUCAAUCGUCUGAGCAAAUGGGUUGUGUCUGCGUCAUUUGCUGGUGUGAUUAUUUGGAGGCAUGAUGCUGAAGCUUUGUGGGUUGUGAUGGGGUCUGUCGUUAAUUCUAUUCUAUCAAAAAUUCUCAAACGGAUUUUAAACCAAGAGAGACCUGUUUCCACUCUAAGAUCCGAUCCUGGGAUGCCAUCUUCUCAUGCGCAAUCAAUUUUUUUCAUUGUCACUUACAUUAUCCUAUCAGUUGAGGAAUCACUGGGUUUAAAUGGAGCUACAUUUGCCAUCAGUGGACUUGCCUUGGCAUGUGGUUCAUAUCUGUCAUGGCUGAGAGUCUCUCAACAACUUCAUACAAUCGGUCAAGUGGCCGUGGGAGCUGCAGUAGGAUCCACUUUCUCUAUUUUGUGGCUACUGUUAUGGAAUGGUUUUGUGUUGGAAGCCUUUCUUUCCACUUUAUGGGUACGAAUAAUAGUUGUUUUAGCGGCUGCUGGCUUUUGCCUUGGCUUUUCUGUAUAUGUGAUUCGCAACUGGUUUAGUGAUGAUUGAUGAAACUUUGUGAAAUGUAGUCUUGUUAGGCUUAAAGAUUUCUCUCUACAACAUCAUUCUUUCAGAUCAAAUAGAGGCCAGAGAUAUGAAAUUCCAGACA